GUUUUUUGAGUUAAAGACAGAUCACUCCCUCUUACCACUUACAACUUAUAUACUACUAACUCAACAAAAAAAAAUGGUGAGUGGGAGGAAAACGUCGUCGUUGGAGACAGAGAUGGCGGAGGCGAAGGUGGUGGUAGUGAUGGAGGAGAAUGGGGCUCACACUCAUCACGGGGUAGAGGCGGUAGUGGGAUCACCUGAUCAUGCUCACCGGAAAGUUCCAGUGUCGGUCCGGAAAGCUGACGUGGCACAGGCAAUACUGAGGGUGUUGAGCGUGGCAACGUCGGUGAUAGCGUUGUUGUUCAUGGUUACAGCCAAGGAGGCUAGCACUGUCUUUGUCUAUGGCUUCCCACUCCCUGUUUUUUCCAAGUGGUCUUUCUCUGAUUCAUUCGAGUACCUGGUAGGGGUAUCAGCUGCAGUUGCAGCUCACUCUUUGCUCCAGUUACUCUUAAGCGCAUUGAGACUGCUCAGAAAGUCCUCCGUUGCUCCCUCAAGAAAUCAUGCAUGGCUCAUUUUCGCUUGUGAUCAGGUGUUUGCAUAUGCAAUGAUGAGUGCUGGGUCGGCAGCAUCAGGGGUGAGUAACCUGAACCGCACAGGAAUCAGACACACGGCGUUACCGGACUUCUGUAAACCUUUGCGUGUUUUCUGCGAUCAUGUGGCCAUCUCCAUAGCUUUCGCUUUCUUUACUAGCUUCUUGCUCGCUAUUUCUGCAGUUCAAGAUGUUAUAGGCCUCGCAAACAACUGUUGAACAAUUACUAAAUCUUUAAAAGAAAAAACCUUGAUGAUGAUGAUGAUUGUGUUCUAUAAUGAUCGUUUCAGUUAUUUCAAAUGAUGAAAUAUCGAGCUUUGACCUCUAUAAUUUCCUUUUGUAAAGAUUGAAUGAAAAUUUGCUUCUUCUACUAAAAAUAUAUGUAAUAUAUAGUCUAUAUAUGAUUUUUUAC